AGAUGCAGUUCUUUGGGAUUGAGUUUGGGAUUGGGUAGGCAAAUCUGUUCCUAGAUCUGCUUGCAGAGGCAACAAAUAUACUGGGGCAUCUUCAGGUGCUUGGAACGCCAGAUAACCUUUGGAGCGCACUGAAGUCUUGCGCAUGGAAGGCAGGGCACUUCCUGUUUUUCCUCAGAUCUUUUCUUGCUUACCAGAGAGCUCUUUCUAUAUUGAGUAAUGGGGAAACAGGCAUCCACCCACCGAACUAGUAACGUUAGGUCUGCACUUAUGGACAAAUGAAUCACAGGAAAUAUUGAAACGAAGUGGUUUUGUAGUUUAACGAUGGACUCGAUACGUCAAGCGUGAAUAGUGAGACCCAACAAGGGGUACUGCUAACUACCUCCACGCUAGCAAGGAUAACCAGCUAGUGAACGUAAGCUAGCUAACUUGGUACAAUCAGCUACGAUUUACUGUUGUGAAUGGUGAAACGUUACCUAGCUGACGUUUGCGUGCCAGACUGUCAAACCGAGUAACGUUUCUCUUCUCUGAAAGCUAUUUCCUCAACCAGGAAAGAGCAUGCGGAGAGAGCUGCAUCCGCUCUAGAAUGAAGAAGAGCCCGGCGCACCGCUGCAGGGACAUCGAGAGGCAAGCCGGUUACCUGCAGCCCGAGCACUGCGCCCCUCCCCCGACCCGCCCCAGUUCCGACGCCAUGUGGUUCAUCCGCGACUGCUGCGGCAUCGCGUGCGGCGUCAUCACCUGGUGCCUGGUGUUCUACGCCGAGUUCGUGGUGCUCUUCGUCAUGCUGCUGCCCGCCAAGAACCUGCUCUAUAGUCUAAUCAACGGGGCACUGUUCAGUACCCUCGCCUUCCUCGCUCUGGCUUCGCACGCCCGGGCCAUGUGCACAGACCCGGGUGCGGUGCCUAAAGGGAAUGCGACCAAGGAGUUUAUCGAGAGCCUGCAGCUCAAGCCCGGUCAGAUGGUCUACAAAUGUCCCAAGUGCUGCAGUAUCAAGCCUGACAGAGCUCACCACUGCAGUGUGUGUAAACGCUGUAUCAAGAAGAUGGACCACCAUUGCCCAUGGGUAAACAACUGCGUAGGAGAGAAGAACCAGAAAUUCUUUGUGCUUUUCACAAUGUACAUUGCACUGAUAUCCCUCCAUGCCCUGGUCAUGGUUGCCUUCCAUUUUAUCUUCUGCUUCGAGUCAGACUGGACGAAGUGCAGUACAUUCUCUCCUCCUGCGACCGUCAUCCUCCUCAUCUUCCUCUGCUUUGAGGGACUCCUCUUCCUCAUUUUCACCUCAGUGAUGUUUGGGACCCAGGUCCAUUCCAUCUGUACCGAUGAGACGGGCAUAGAGCAGUUGAAAAAGGAGGAGAGAAGAUGGGUUAAAAGGACAAAGUGGAUGAACAUGAGGGUGGUAUUUGGCCAUCCGUUCUCCAUAGCCUGGCUAAGUCCCUUUGCAACCCCCGACCACGGGAAGGCAGACUAUUACCAGUACGUUGUCUGAGAAGAAGAAGCCAAGCUCCAGCACCCGUGCUACCAGCCUGUCUUUCAGGGUGCGGACUGAUGAUGCGUACAGGCGAAGGUGUUCCCACCGCCUGAGCAUUAACUCUUGACACUUCUUCUCCUUUUCUGUUUUUAAUCAUUUUUAAAUUUCAGGGUCUUCUUUGUGAAAAACAUCUUUCUGCCUGUUUUUAAUACUUGUCACUUAUUUUAGUUUUCUUUGCCCGGUGCUGAUUUUGAUACCUGUAUGAAAAACAAGUUAUUUUCCCUUCUGUUCACAAUCACAGCCAAGCCCUGCAAAACCAUCAACUGUAAAAUGAGUCUCUGCUUCUCUCACGUUUAACAUGAAAGAGAGCACUUACUGAUGUAACCUAGCCAGAGACUGAAUCUGACGUGGCUAUAAACUAGGCUCUACCUUUGGGAUAGAAAGGGUAGACACUCUUAAACCCAACGUACAGUAUUUCCUGUAUUUGUUCAUGUCCCGUUUGAGGACUAGGCCUAAACAAAGCAAACGCAUGACCUGAAUUCGGAUUGGCUUUUCAGUGGACGAAAACGAUCAGUUCCAGUAGGCAUAUUUUCUCUUCCAAUGUUGCAGUACCUCAGCCUUUCCAUAAAGUAUGCUUUAUGGUAUAAGCUAUAGCCUUUGGUGCCAGGCCACGCUGUUGAUGUGCUACCGACCCACAAGGCAUUACAUUUGCUGUUUAGAACAGCCAAAUCUGUUGCUGCAAGCUGCAGAGUCUUUGCCUUAUAGGCAUGCGCGGCUGCUCACCUCCUGCAGGACUGCCGCACAGAAGAAAUGCCAGGCCGCGCAGACUCCAGAGAUUGAACUUCACCGAGUUCACCCCAUUAGGUUGCACUACAUAGAUCAACGUUUUUUCUGUGAUCGAAUCAACAUUAUAAACUGGGAUGUUCGAGCCCUGAAUGCUGAUUAGCUGACAGCUAUAUCAUUCCGUAUACGGGUUUGACAAAACAUGUAUUUUUACUGCUCUAAUUACGUUGGUAACCAGUUUAUAAUAGAAAUAAGGCACCACAGGGGUUUGUGGUAUAUGACCAAUACACCACCGCUAAGGGCUGUAUCCAGGCACUCCACGUUGCGUCGUGCUUAAAACAGCCCGUAGCUGUGGUAUAUUGGCCAUAUACCACACCCCCUCGUGCCUUAUUGCUUAAUUAUAUCAGCCCCUUUAAGCUGUUUUUGAAAAACUAGUCAGGUAAAAAGCGUGUGUGUUUUAAUUAAAGGGGCAGUGUUGUAUUUUGAGACAGCCUUGAAUAAGGAAAUGAGCCAAUAGGCAGAGGGGUAGUCUUCAUUGUCUAUUUCACUGAAUGAUAAUAAUUAAUUAUUUGAAAAGUGGUUUCUUGCAUCAUACAAUGCAAUCACCUAUUUGGCCCAUGGUGUUACAGACCAAGUAAAAAGUCAUUUUAAUUAAUGUCAAACCCUUCAUAAUGUAAAAAUGUUUAAAGGUAUCAUGCAAUGUAGGCCUGCAUUGAACACCACAUAUAGACUACUGUAGGCUAUAUCAUAGAAAUUGCUUUUGAUUUCUAUCUGAAAAUGUUAUGGGAUUUGCUCCAUUGGUUUUGUUGGUAGGACUACAUUAUGCUGAAAUAGCCACAAUAGCAAUAGGUUACUGUCUAAAACCUAAGGGUUCCACCUCAGUAUUCCCUGUAAUCGCGUGUCAGAACUUGCACAAAAUUCUCACAAUGUUCAAGUUUCCGCUCACAACACCUCAAAUUGACCCCCCCCCCAAAUGUUUACUUAUAGGACAGUACACAAUGGCAGUUGGGUAAAGAUAUUUUUGUAGCUCUGUAGUGUAAUGCCCUCUGAGAUUUUCAUUUGAUCACUGGAAUAACUAUACAACUGGUAAAUCAAAUGUACAUAAUAUUUAACGUUUUGGAACAGAAGCCUGCAGCUAUGUGUAAUUCCCCUGUGUUCACUAAAUGGAAUUUGUUAAAUGUCAUAUCAAAACAGGCUAUCGGCUUGACAUUUGUGGUUACGAAUCUGACCGAGCUAAGCUUUGCGAGACACAAACAUUGGUGAUGACAUUUAGGCCAGUGAAACGUGCACUGAAACCCGAAAGAACAUUGUGGACCAUGCUAACUAGUUCACACAUUAUGUAAAGGCACAGACCGGUCUCCUAGAGACAGUCUAGAUUGGCUCUAGGCCAAUUGCAAACAAACAAGCUUCAUUCAAAGCAGAUACUUCAGUGAAAAAGCCUUUGUCUGUGAGAAAAUGAUCACACAAUCAAUCGUGUGUUCAGAAGCCUUACUAUAGAAAGAGUAUUUGCUGUUGGUGAUGAACAGAAUGGCUACAUCCCAAAUGGGGCUUUAUUCCCACAGGGCUCUAGUCAAAAGUUGUGUACUGUGUAGGGAAUAGAGUGCCAUUUGGGGCACAGCCGAACUCAUGUAGAAUAUUUUUGGUGCCAUAUUUUCUGGUUUAUGAAUGAGGAAUCUCUGAACUCUUUCACCCUCCCUGCAUAUCAUUUUGUACAGCUUAUGGUGGAAUGUACCAUUGAGGCCACAGGGAAACUUUCAGAAACAUAUGCCUUUUGUGAAAAUGCAUUUUACAGACUGUCAAAGCCAUGCUGAAUGAACACAAUGGUUAUGUAUUCAUCAAACAAAAAUGUUUCUCUCGUAAUUGAGAAUGCAGAGUGCAUUUGCACAGCAUGGGUGUAAUUUGAAAUGUGUAUGGACCACAUUUUAUAGAUUUAAAAAAAUGUAUUAUGAAGAAUAAAAUCAACUUUGAAGUCACUAAA